CAAAUGAAAGGGGGAAAAAAACGCGCGUUUGCACCUGAAUAAAAUGUGACGCGGAGGCCUCAUCUGAGACCCUUCUGUAUCUGAGAGGAAGAGGAGGAAGAGGAGGAGGCGGCUGUGACUCCGUGCGCAGCUCCGCGGUGCUACGUCAGCGUCCAUCACAGGAGCGCACGCGGGAGCGCCUUUCUCCUCCUCCAGCUCUCCGGUGACUCCCUGCUCCGCGCGCAUCUUGGUCACCCUGGCACGCGCUCAUCCUCCCGCCUCAGAAAGGAUCUGAAGUUUGGGGAAGUCUGGUCCUGCUGGAGCGGGGAGCUGUCCGUGGUGCUGACUUCAGUUUGGUCCACAGACAACCUCUGCACAAACUCAUGAGCUUGGGCCGCUCCUGAUACCUCCUGUUGUCAGCACCGACUCACCACCUCGCCACAUCCAAGAUGGACGAUGACGGGCGCUACCGGGACGGCCGCUCGGACUUCAUCCGAGGCGCCAAAGACAUUGCCAAAGUUGCCAAGAAGCAGGUCGGCAAAAAGGUGGGACGUGGCGUGGACAAGAUGGCCGACGAGUACACCAGGCGCUCCUACAAGCGCUUCGAGGAGGAAGAUGAUGAUGACGACUACGCUGGCGUGCAGGGCGGCGAUGGCGGAUACUACCGAAACGACAGCCGGGCCAACGACGAUGAAGGCCACAGCGAUUCCACCGAAGGACACGACGAGGACGAUGAGAUCUACGAGGGCGAGUACCAGGGCAUCCCGAGGGCCGACUCUGUAAAAGCUGGCAGCAUGGACGGCGUGGCGGCGGCGCAGGCGCAGCAGUUCAGGGAUCUGUCGGCCUAUGAAGGCGAGAGGAGGAAAGACCAGGAGGAGCUGGCUCAGCAGUACGAGAGCAUCCUCCAGGAGUGCGGCCACGGCAAGUUCCAGUGGACCCUCUACUUUGUCCUGGGACUGGCACUGAUGGCGGACGGCGUGGAGAUCUUCGUGGUCGGCUUCGUGCUGCCAAGUGCAGAGAAGGACAUGUGUCUAUCGGAGCCAAACAAGGGCAUGCUGGGUCUGAUCGUGUACCUGGGCAUGAUGGUCGGCGCCUUCGUCUGGGGCGGCCUGGCUGACCGUAUCGGCCGACGACAGACCCUCCUAAUCUCGCUCUCCAUCAACAGCGUGUUCGCCUUCUUCUCGUCCUUCGUCCAGGGCUACAGCUCCUUCCUCUUCUGCCGGCUGGCCUCUGGUGUGGGAAUCGGCGGCUCCAUCCCGAUCGUGUUCUCCUAUUACUCUGAGUUCCUGGCCCAGGAGAAGCGAGGCGAGCAUCUGAGCUGGCUCUGCAUGUUCUGGAUGAUCGGUGGCAUCUACGCCUCGGCCAUGGCGUGGGCCAUCAUCCCUCACUACGGCUGGAGUUUCCAGAUGGGCUCGGCCUAUCAGUUCCACAGCUGGCGCGUCUUUGUGUUGGUGUGUGCCUUCCCCUCCGUGGCGGCCAUAUCUGCCCUCUCCACCAUGCCCGAGAGCCCCCGCUUCUACCUGGAGAAUGGGAAACACGACGAGGCGUGGAUGAUUCUGAAGCAGGUCCAUGACACCAACAUGAGGGCUAAAGGAUGCCCAGAGAGGGUCUUCUCUGUGACCACCAUCAAAACAGUGAAGCCCAUGGACGAGCUGGUGAACAUGGGCGACGGUGCCGCCUGGCACCAGAAGUGGAGGAUAAAGCUCACCACUCUGUUCCACCAGGUGUGGAAUAAUUUCCUGACCAUUUUCUCCCCGGAAUAUCGCCGCACCACCUACAUGAUGAUGGCUGUCUGGUUUUCCAUGUCCUUCAGCUACUACGGUCUGACGGUGUGGUUCCCCGACAUGAUCAAGUACCUGCAGAAGCAGGAGUACGCCUCGCGCACCAAGGUGUUUGUGAAGGAGAAAGUAGAACACGUGACCUUUAACUUCACCCUGGAGAACCAGGUCCACCGUCAGGGGCAGUACUUCAAUGACAAGUUCAUGAACCUGAAGAUGAGGUCCAUGGUGUUUGAGGAUUCACUGUUCGAGGAGUGUUACUUCGAGGACAUCACCUCCAGCAACACCUUCUUCAAGAACUGCACAUUCAUCGCCACCCUUUUCUACAACACUGAUCUUUUUAAGUACAGGUUGAUCAACAGUAGGCUGAUCAACAGCACCUUCCUGCACAACAAAGAGGGCUGCCUGCUGAGCGACGUCAGUGAUGAAAACAACGCCUACAUGGUUUACUUCGUCAGCUUCCUGGGCACCUUGGCGGUGUUGCCGGGUAACAUUGUGUCUGCGCUGCUCAUGGACAAGAUCGGACGCUUGAGGAUGUUAGCCGGCUCCAGCGUCAUCUCCUGCGUCAGCUGUUUCUUCCUGUCUUUUGGCAACAGCGAGUCCGCCAUGAUCGCUCUGCUCUGCCUGUUUGGUGGAAUCAGCAUCGCCUCCUGGAACUCUCUGGACGUGCUGACCGUGGAGCUCUACCCGUCUGACAAGAGAACCACAGCCUUCGGCUUCCUCAACGCUCUCUGCAAACUGGCGGCUGUUCUGGGCAUCAGCAUCUUCACCUCGUUUGUUGGCAUCACCAAAGCCGUGCCCAUCCUGUUCGCCUCGGGGGCGCUGGCGGCGGGCAGUUUCCUGGCCCUCAAACUACCAGAGACGCGGGGUCAGGUGCUGCAAUAGUGCGACACCAUCAUCUUUGCAGGGGAGGGGGGGGGGCAAGACGAGCUUUUGCCACACUGUGAAUGAAAAGCCCAAGAGCCCUCCAAAUCCUGGCCUCUAAACUCCCCAAAGUCUGCAUUAACGCGCUCAAUAUUAAGAUAAAUUCCAACUCAAAUCUGGCGAAUUUAAGGUUUUUGACAUCAUGCCAGCAGUAGAUGUUGUCCUUCUCAUUGUAACGAUGCGGCGGGGGGGUCGGUGCAGCGGAGCUCCUGAUAGAGAGCCAUGCAAAAAGACUCAUCCCAAUGACCACUAGCCAUUUUUGCAGAGUUCUCUGUGUUCCACUUCCAUUUCUGUCCCGUCUUUGAAACCAUCGUUGGACUCAAAAAUGCAACAACGUCCGGCUCGAUUUGAAGCAUUUUUGAGGUUAAAACCUGGACGCUCCCAUCGUCAUUCUCUCUCCUGAAGGUCUUGUGUUGGUGUUUUCAGAUUAACUGCCAUUUUCUAGACUAUAGAAACUUCCAGGUUUUGCUUCGGUGUGUUGUGGUGUGAACGAGCCGGGGAUGAAGCUGGGUGUGUGUUUGUGCGUGUGUGUGUGUCCGUGUAAAGCACAAAGCCGUGAACAUUUGGACGGAAGUGUUUUUAUCGUCACAGUCGCUCAUCAUUCCAGCCACGCCGUGUGUCCCAGUUGUGUGACAAGCCUAUUUCCUAUCCUUAAAGACUGCAGUGUGUGUGUCUUUUGUAUGUUUAUGAGGGUGUUAUGCAUGUGUCUCAGUCUGUACUGUACGUACCUGAAUACUGGGAGUAUUUGCCACAUAUUAGACUUUUAAUGAAAGUUCUGCUGUUUUUGUCCUCCGUGGAAGGAAGAACAAAGAACUGUUCUCAAAAAAAGUCAGGACCUGUCACAAACGAGUGAAGCAAAAAUGCAUCAACGUAGGUGUUUUAUUUGUCUGUGCUUGGAAAAGUUGUGUGAAAUUCCCUGAAAACAUCAGUGUGAACUGAUGUUUAGUGUCCAAGCUUCUUAGUGCAAUACUUCCACUUAUCUUUUUUUAUUAGAGAGCAAACUGGACGUUUAUUUUCUAUUUCAACUUGAAAUCUGUCCAUCUAUAGACCCACGAUCCUGGAAUAAACUCGUUCAUAACCCGAACAUACAUGUAAGUCAAACUAUAGUGGUGGAACACAGACUUUCAGCACAGCAGAUGAACUAACUAAAGGAUUCCUGCGUCAAAUUAGCAACCAAAAGAGCAAAAAAACUGAAGUUCUUCUGUUUCUUCGUCACGUUCUUUCAUGCGUUUCAGAAACUCCCAUGUUUUUGUGUCACAUUUAAAUCCCUUUAACCAAAUCAUUAAAAGAACUUUUGACACACUUACACCAACAUACGUGUCCUUUCAACACAUUCUCACUCCAAAGUCCUCACAUGUUGGUUAAAGGACCCUCCGCAUCACUUUUUGACUGGCUGACUGUUCCCAUUAAAACACAGGUCCAGAGCUGGAACGCGGACCGGAACCGGUACUCUAACCUGGUACUUUUUUAUGUUGUGUCUUUGUGGCAAAUGGACCUCAAGUCUGUAAUAAAGAACCUAGUACUGGUACUGGGUUAGGGAAUCGGUAUCGGGCCCGACUCAGUACCAGAUGCAGUACGGGCCUGAUAUCAGUAUUGUGUUAAGGCACCCGUUCCGGUCCGCAUCCCUAACCCAGUACCGAUACCUUAACACCGCCCAUACUGCUUCUGACGGGGCAUCCAAUGUGAACCAGCCCCGGGCAUGAACCAGUACCGGGUUAGGGGACUGGUACCAGGUUAGGGUUACCGGUUAGGGUACCGGUAUUAAUACUGGUAAUGGGUUAGGGUGCCAGUACUGGAUUUAGGGUGGCGGUAUCAGGCCUCACCUAUUACUGGUACCCAAACCCGGUAUCGGGCCAGACCCAGUACCAGUCGGUACCGGUACCCUGGGUUAGGGUACCCCAGUUAUGAUACCGGUACUGGGUAUUCUGGAAAUAAAUUCUUCAACCAAAAUAUGUUUUUAAAGCUUGUAAACUAUUAUGACUGGGUAGUACCGAAACCCUAACCCGGUAUUGAGCCUGACCCAGUACUGGCACCCUAACCUGAUAUUGGUUUGCGUCUCGGCCCGGUUCGCGCCGGGUACCAUGUCCGGUAUCAGGUUAGGGUACCGAUACCGGCUGAGUCCUGAGGGCCAGUCCCUGUGCAGUACUGCAGCUGGCACCGCGUACACCGGUACGUGUCCAGUACUGCGACCCGAGGGUUGCGGCCCCUUCGAUUUUACAAACAGCCAGCACUUAAAAAAACGACCAAUUGGGGACUCCCACCCAUCAAAAAGGUACGCGGAGGGGUCCUUAACCAAACGUCAGUAUGUGACGACUUGGCGAUGAGAAUGUGAUAGGCCUACUUACAGCUACAUACUCGUCCUUAAGCCAUCCUGACCUAAAGGGACAAGAGGUCCAAAUUCCAUCAAACAUUUAUGGUGGAUCUGAAAUAGCUUUAUGUUACAUGUUUGAUGACCUAAAACAAACAAACAAAAAAAUCAACACACGACCACAUAGGAUUAAAGCCUGUCCCAAGGUGAACACAUUCCCUUGACCUUUAACAUUACAGGGUGUAUUAUGUGGGCGUGGAAUGGAGAAACAUCCGUUGCUUAGGAAAACCAUAAAAAAUAUUUUCAAAUAGAUACACGAAAUUCGCCACGCAUGUUCAUCAUUUCCAGACAUGAAAAAAUGUCAAUGGUUGCUAUGGACCUGGUACCUUCUGGAAGCUGCUAUUGUUGAUCAAUGACCUCACCUCUGCUUUAGACAUUGUUCAGGCUUAUAAAGGAGGUUAUUAUGUGCUCAUUGGAAAUUUCCCUCUAAAAAAGGUCUCUGCUGAGGGCUGAUUGUCGUUUGUUCCACACAGGUAAUAAUAAAAGUACAGGGUCAGAGUCACAGCCACAUUCCUCCAGUCGGGAAAUGAUUUGAUUUUCUUUGAGAAAAGAAAGUAUUUUUGUCCAAACUGCCAUUUUUGUAGGAUAGCAGCCAUAUUUAGAUUCCAGUUGGCUCGAUAAACAAUGCACUAACUGCACAUCGUAGAACAUGCACAGCUGUGGAAGACCUCCAAGAAUCAUCAACGAAAGCACAGCAGCCACAACAACUCUUAGGACACGGUCUUUACUUUUGCACCCAAACUCGUUUCAUUUGUGUGCCAUGAGCACCACCGCUCUUUACUGGUUGCCAAAUAUUUUGUAAGUCCUGGUUUUAGACUUCACUCCAUAAAUUCUAUUAUAGGUAUAAAUAUGUGUAAAUAAAAUAGCUAUAAUAUAUCUAAUAAGCUUCCAUUUCCCAGAUCGUUUCAACAUUAAUGUCAGUUUUUGCCAAAAUCUUUGGGAAAAACUUUUACUUGUGGCUGCAGAAGUCACUAUUUAUCAGAUCUCCCCUAAAAAGCACACACAAAAAUACACACUGGAUUCAUAAAUAUGAAGAAAUGUACAUGUUAGUAGAAUUCAUUGAUGUAUAUUGUCCAUUGUUCCCUAUAAUGACAAAGAAAAAGGUGGUUUGGAGUCAGAAUGAUCACUUUAGAUACAUAUCUGCUUAUGUUACAGGGUUUCUUGCAGGAAAAGCAAUAAGUGUCUCCAUAUUUGUCUUUUCUGAGAAUGCUGGUGGCCGGAGCUUGUUGUUAUGGCGUUCACUCCGCAGCCGACAUUUGCGUGUAACUCUGAUGACACCCCGAUCUUCUGUCAAUGAAAACUGCAUCGCCAUCAAAUACAAAAAAAUGAAAAAUAAUACUUUGUCACUGUACUGUGCCGUAGAAACUCUAGUUGAUUGUUUGUAAGUAUAGAAACCGUGGAAUCAUAUUUAAAAAAGCUAUAAAGAGAUGUGUAAAUGAACAACGCUGUAUGUUGUCUUUGAUUUUUGUGUGUUUUGUAAAUGAGAAUGAGUUUUAAGCAAAAAAAAACAAGAAAAAACCCUCAAUGUUAAAACGGUUAUGAAUCAUAGUUAGACUCAAUGUGAACACAUGGGUUGUGUUUAAAGGUGUGUGGGAUGUUUCUUUUGACGGGGUUCUGUGACCCUCUGGAAUCUCAAUGCAUCAUGACAAAGAACCAUGAAAAAUAAACAAGUGAAAACAGAAA